ACACACACGCACAUCCCCGCAUCCCGUCAGGUUCAUAGAUAAACUGAGGAGUCCCUCUGCUCUCACUCUUCGCUCGGUAGACUAUCAGGCAACAUGGACUUCCCGAAGUAUCUGUUUUUUCUUAUGUUGAGCUCGCUCACAAUUAAAGGUAGGUAACACCACGCGCUCGUGUUGGUAUAUAGUCUUGUAUAUUUUAAGCGAACAACAACAAUAAAGGAUAUGUUAAGUUAGGGGCAGCAUUAUGUGUGUGUGUGUUUGGUCCAUGUGUGCAAUUCACCUAGACUGUUUAGACUUGACAGCUUGAAUUAAAUCACCUACCUGUUGUGCAAAACGCCGAUUUUUUUUUUGUUGGCAAGAUUAUCGCUCUGGUUUGUUGCUAAUCUAUUCAUUAAUAGGGGAGACCGGGUUGACUUUUAUACUUUUACUCAUAAUAAAUAGGCUUAAUCCCACAGUGGUCACUCCCUCAUUAGGAAAAAGCUUUAAGUCUUGCUCUGAAAAAGGUAUCCAUUUUUAUUCUUGUAAAUAGAUUUAACUGCAAGUUACUACCCACCAAAAACAUUCUGACACAGUUAUCUGUUGUGAAAAAAUCUUGCAAAAGCGUCUAUAACUUUCAACUUUUGUGCCAUUGAUACAAAAAGUAAUAAUUGUUGAAUCAGCAGCAACCCUUACAGUUCAACACUUGCCUUUGCUCUUGUAUUAUCCUCUUUAGUUGAGUUGAACUGUGCUAUUAAAGAGAGAGAGAAGAGAGCGUGUGUGUGAUUGUGUUUCAUCACAUGGUAUGUCAAAUCAUGGUAAUACUGAACUGAUUUGACCAAAUCAGUCAUGAGAAGCCUACAUAAUAUAUGCAACUUUUUUCUAACCAGAAGCCUCACUUGAGCAAGUGUGUGACAACCAGCCCCACCUGACCUGUACACAGAAAUGUGGCACUUGCUACCACAUGGUUUUAGCAAGCUGGCGAAAAUGGCUCAUAUCCAUGCAAUUAACUUCCACGUUGCAAUAAAUGUAAAUUCAUCUUAAAACCUGAAAAUAAAAAUAAAUAAAAAAUGUGCAUGAGAUGAAAGAGCUCUCACUCCUCUCCUUUCCAGCUCUGUUCACUUGGACACACAAACAGACCUCACUCACUCAGUUGUUUUUAGGGUGCCGAGGCUGAAUGAAGCUGUCUGACUGUGUAUCAGAGUGAAUAGUAAAAUUUGCAUUUGAAUUUGAGGUAACCGCUUCAACUGUUGGAAUGUCUUGGCUGUUCAAACUUGAAAGACGUUUCAUGCUGCUCCAUGGUGCAAUUGCUAAAACUCAAGGUCCACUUUGUUCCUGAAAUGUCUGUUUAGAUGUGCAGUUUUUGCUGUUACAGUCUCAUGGUUACCUUUAAUGGAAACUUGUGGACGGUGAUUGUAGAUAGGGAUGAGGAUAGUAAAAGCAUUGAUCUGCAUGUUGUAUACAAUGUUAAAAAAAACUGGUUGUAAUGUCACAGUGCAGCUUUUGUAAGAGGGUUGGCAUGUUCCCUCUGUGUGCGUGUGCAUGUGUGAGCCUGUGUCUGAAUGACAAGGACAGAUUGAGGGUCAGUCCAAGAGCACAGCAAGAACCACAUAAAGUCAUUUAUAUAGAGACUGAAUAGGGCUUUGGACUGUUGUGGAUUUCUCUGAAAGCAGAGUUAUGCUGUUCUUGUUGUCCUCAUACUGUGUCGCAACUUUCAGUAUUGGUCAAUUUUGUCGCUCCCUGUGGAUGAAGCAGCCUUUACUUACCUUGUCCUCUAUAUUUUGAAGUAGUGUCUCCUGUCAAUAAAUCCUAUCCUGCAGACUUUUUUGUGACACUGUAAAAACAUGCCCUUAUUUUCCUUGGUGGCUCCCCCUCUCAUGGGUUUCUGGCAUAAAAAUAUAUAGCAUAAAAAUCAUCAAUUUUGCCACUGAUGGUCUUGUUUGCUUUCAUAUGUUUCUGUACAUUCAUUCUCGUGCAAAUACUACACACUGCCACUGGUUGGGUGUCCUGCUAAAAGACUUCAGGAAAGAAAACAACACUUUCUUUAGAGGGACAGCAAAAAUCUGCAUAAAUUUGAGGUUUUUCUCAGUUACUUUUUUUUACUUUAAUUUUGGGUCUUGUCCAAAUUUUCCUCAAAGUUGUGCCAGAGAUUUGGCGAACCAUAAUUUCACAGAAUUAUUUAUGAGCUAGCCAGUCAAAGGUGCACCCCUACAGUGAUGGGGAGUUAAUUGCAUCCAAUUUGAGAUGCAGGAUACACACUGUAAAAGUCACACCACGCUAAUUUGAAAGCAGCUGGAAAACCAUAUUUUGGUACAUGUUAAUUAAUGCAAGCCUAGAGGCGAGCGGUGCCCCAUCAAUUUUACCUGGACCUCCUCUGAAACUCAAAUAAUUAAAUUUAAUGAUAGUGUGUGGCAAAAGCCGUGAUAAUAUUGAAAAUGGUGUUCUAAAAAAAACGUUUUUGUCUCUGGUGGUUUUUCACUCCUUUUUUUUCUGCACCAAAGUUUUCUAUCGACUUCCUAAGCUUUGUUUGCAAACAUGUUCACUGCAUCCUUAUAAGAUUUGUUUUGUAGACACACUUGUUUUCUGCCUGCAAAUUCUCAUUUUCAAGCCAAGACACCGACUUGCAUCUCACUUCUGUGACCCACUGCAAACAGAGUUCAAAAGGAAACUUUGUCAUCUCAGAGGAGUUUUGCUAACUCUGUAAAUCACAGAGCGUGUUGUGUUUGAGUAACAGCAGGACAUCAGGAAGAGAAAACAAGAAUAUUCUGCAAAAAAAAAUACCACCAAAGUUAAUCAAAGCAGGAGAAAAGUAAAGUUGUGUACAAUUAGUAUGACCUGCCCCAGGAAACAUGCUCUAGUGGUGCUUGAUUAGUAAAUUCAUUCAGUUGCUAUGGUGACACAGCAAUGAAGUGAAAACCUUUAUGAUUUACUGCAUGAUUUACAAGACCCAUAAGACAGACUUACAGUCUUACGGCACCUUAGUUUGUAAGUUCAGCUUUUUGAUCUGUAGGCUGCACUCAUAGGCAGAGGCUCCCUUAAGACUGGUGUAUUGAGUGACAAAUGGAGAUAAAUCAUAUUAGCGAGUGCUCGUACAUGAACAUCCAACUCUGAGCAAAUGACUUGAAACCCUUGUUUGUCUCUUAAAGCUUCUUUUAUUUGAUUAAGGAGUUGAAAGUCUCAGCUUUCUCUCUUCAUGGCUCUUUCAGCAACAUGCUAACAGCAUAUUGGAAGUGUUCUUCAUGAGAUCUGAUUGCUGGAAAUGUGCUGGGGUGUGUUACAGAAAAAUCCCAGGAGAAUAACACUUACUGAUGUCAUCUUGCUGCUGCUCAAAGUGAAAUUUGAUUAUUGUGGGAUUGGGAGGAGUAUUCAGCAGUGGACAAAGGGUAGCUUUCAGCCAAUCUUUUUGUUUGUCUUUUUUAUAUUUUUUGAAAGAACCGGAUGUGGCAGAAAGCAGAGGAAUGUGAAGAUGUCGAGAGACGACAAGCUCUCUGCCAAAUCAUUGGGAUAAUGUGCUUCUCAUAGGUGGUUGUGGGUAAUUGGGGUUUGUCCAUUAGUGAAGUGAAAAAGUGCUGCCAAAAAGGCUCUAUAACUCAUGAGGGGAGAUGAGAGUGUGUUAAAAUGAGGGGCCAGUCUGAUUUGAGAUUGCACAGGGAGAUGAAAGGGGUCCAGGUUUUGUAUUUGGAUGAUUGAAAUGUACAGGCAGCAAGCGUUUCAGCACCAUACGCUGUGUGAGGAUAACCUAAUUUGGCUGAAGGACUAUGGUGCUUUCAGUGCCUAAAAAGAGUUUGCCAAACAUUAAAUGAAAUGCAAAAGUUUGGAGUAGGAGGUGUUGGUGCAGAAAAAUUUUACAACCCGUGUGGCUCAGGUUAGAGGUGGACCUGCAGCCCCUAGUGUCUGAGAGGGCCUCAGACAGGAGUGUUGAGUUACAGAUUACAGGUUAAAAGGUCAAACUGGAGUGGUUCUUGAUUGGAUACCAGAGACAUGAGAAACACAGCCUGAGAGUAAUGAUCCAGAUACCCAGGAAUGAUUAUGUAAUGCAAGACAUAGGAGAAAAGGGAAUGAAGCAUAAAGUGUCAAAUAUACAGGAAUUUUUGUGAGGAAAGUAUGUUUUUUGGGGCACAUACUCAUUAAAAAUACACAAACAUGUGGAUGUGUACAACAGGGGGAAUGGGGACUUGAAAAUAUUGUCAUUUAUCAUGGGGGGACCCUGAAGAUUAAAUUUCAGAGCUUCUGCACAAUUGUAUUGUUAUUAAGUUGCGUUUGUAUUUAAAAAGAUGAAACUGUGCAGCAGUAUGAGUGCAUAUAAAAGUUUGGUGUAAGUAACAAUGUGUGUCUGACACUCAGGCCAUUUAGUCUUAAGAUACCAAUAUCAAAUAUUCCGACCAUCCAUACAUUUUCCUCCGCUUAUCCAGGAUCCCAAGGUGUUCCCAGGUGAGGUGGGAUAUAUAAUCCCUCCAGCAAGCUCUGGGCCUAUCCCUUGGUUUUCCCUUAGUUGAAUGCACUCAGAGGUGUCCAGGGAACUUAAAAAGAUGCCCAAACCACCUCAACUGAUUCCUUUUUAUGCAAAGAAGAAGAGCUCCCAGUCACACCAGGCAAAAUCUUAAGGAGCUUAUCAAGGGUCUCAUUGAACAAACAAGCUGAAAUGUUUCAGAAAACCUUGUCCCUAAAGUGCGCUCAAGAUUUGGCAGAACUUUCUAAGCUUCCUGUAAACAAACAGAGAGGAGUGUGUCACACUGGACUUAAGUUUGGCCUCUAGAUGAAUUCCUCUGGUGUGUGAUAAUCAGCAGGUUCUUCAUAACACACAGCACUUCCAGAAAGGGUCAUCAGUAGCUUUGUGGGUGGUUCCUAAAAAUGUAUCAUGUCAAAAAUUUUAAUAUUCUUUUCCAAACUGUGAGCUUUAAAAUGAUGGCCUAUUAUUGUUACAUUGGAUAUAAAAAAAAAAGCAGCAGCAGUCAAGGCAAAGGAGGUCAGUAUUAGGGUGCUGAUGGCCUGUUAGUCCCAUUGCACCCUAUGUAUGCAGGUGGUGCAGCCCCUGUUCAGCAGCCUCUCCUGUUUCCUGCUUUAUCCCUAUCCCAUCCUUGAUCAGUAAAAACUCGAAAUUACAUCUUGAAAAAAAAGAAAGUGAGCAUUGCUGAUAGAAACAAAGGGGUGAAAUGGAAAAGAAGAUGUUAAGAAUCAGUUACUCCAAUGUUGGACUCUGUUCAAUGGUUUUCUUCUGAACCAGAACUGUUUGUAGUGAAUCAGUAGAAAUAUGAAAUACAAAGUUUUCUUUCUGUCCAACUUUGUCUAUCUUGUCUCUUUGUCUUUCCCCCGUAGAGUCUCUUCAGGGGCCGAAUCAGCAAAGGCUGUACAAAGAACUGAUGCAAGGAUACAACCCGCUUGUGAGACCAGUAGAAAAUGACUCCCAGGCUCUGACUGUGAACUUUGGCCUCACUCUGAUGCAGAUCAUGGAUGUGGUAUGUCAUAAAGGAAACUCAGAAAAUAAUUUGCAUAAAUAAAGAAAUAAAUGGGCUUAUGAUGAGUCACUUUUUGUUUUCAUCAAUUAUUACAGUGAUUAUCCUUGUUUUCCCACUUUGCAGCUAAAACCCAUUAUCAUCCAUCAAAAUAUUCAUGUUUUACCAUUAUGAUAAUUUCAGUGACUGUACUUCAUUUUAGGUGCUCAAGUGUUUAACUGGCAUGAAAAUAUCUGCAUUGAUUUGUCUGGGUGCUUCUAAAUCAAACAUGAUAAGUGUAGGAGUCGCAGAGUGCUUGAACAGUGCUGAUAAAGAAACAGGCUGAUCUUUACAGAAGCUCACUGAGCUCCAAAACGCUUAAUCAGCUGAACAUUGUGAGUUACGCAAUUAAACAGAGAAAUAUCUCAACAGUCAGUUUGUUCUCAUAACUACAGCCUGCAUAUUGUAUUAAAAAUAUUCAUAAAUAUCCUGAUUUUCUUACAGGAUGAGAAGAAUCAAGUUUUGACAACCAACAUUUGGCUACAGCUGGUAAGAGUCUUCCUUUUCUGAUGUAUGUGAGGUUAUAGAAAAGCUUAGUUUAAGAGAUCUCAAACUCAGAGUGGUAAGAAGCCAACAUUCAUACAGUCAUCUCAAAGUAGGUCCAUCUCAAAGUUAAUGAUUAAAGAUAGCACCACAUUUCUGGAAGUGUACCCCUCUCCCCCCAAAAUGCAAACAUCAGAAAAUAAUUGAAAGCGAGUUUGUCUGACUUACAUCCACUGACUGCCUUACCAUCCUCUUUCCUAGUACCCAGCUUCUUCUAAUCAUCCACAGUGGCCAAAGUCCCUAUUCUUCAUCCAGCAAGAUCAAAUAUAUGGAAACAGAUGCUUUAUCACAAUCCGUCUAUCCUGUGACACUGGUUCCCUGCUGUUGCACCGUCAGCAAGCUGCAUCAAGGCUGUUUGGUGUGUUUUAAAUCACCAUAUAGAUACACAGCAGCAGCCUCACUAAAUCUGUCUCGCUCCACACAGAGCAACAUCGACUUCAGCUUUCAGACAUCAGACAGAGCAGACAGUAACCUCAGUAUCUGCCCUCUGUCAGCAUCAAACAAGCAUAUGUUUAAAAGGACGAAGUCUGUAUGCCCUGCAGUGAUUAUCUCUGAAAGUUAACUUAAGAAAUUAACACUCAUACUGCAAAAAUAAGCAUUUACUGUUUAUGAACCACCUCAUAAUAGUGGGAAAGUGAUGAGAAGAGCAAUUUAGGCCUGCAAAAAUCAAAGGUUUCCAACAUAAAUUAACCAGAAAAUAACAUUUUAGUAAACAUGAAACCUCCAUUUGACCUACAAAAGCAAAUAAGACCAUAUCCAACAAGAUGGAUCUUUUCUGUACAGUCUAGUCAUGCUGUGUAUCUGAGCUUCUAGCCUUAUGAAGAACCUAUACCCCUCCCCCUGACCCAUUAGGCAGGAGGUUUGCAGCACAAAGACCAUCACAAUACAGUCCUGUAACAGCUCUUUUCCCUGAGCUAUGAGGCUCUUAAAUACCCUACAUGCUGCUAUUGACCUCCACCACUCCAAUCCUCACCAUCUCAGACUGGCUCCCAUACAGGCCCCCAUUCCCAAAACCCACUGGACCCUUUCCCUUACACACAUACUUAUAAUGAGGACUGGACAUGCAACAACACUAUACACUGACAUUAAGUACCCACUUUUAGUACCCACUGUGCUUUUGUUGUAUUUUCCUAGUUGUUUUUGUACGUGUUUCCCUGGUGACCAUUUCAAAGGGACACUUCACUAUUGCUCCUUGACUUGUUCACCUCAAUGAUUCUGCUCUAAUUAAUGUUUCUUUGAACAAUGUGCAAUAUUUCAGUUAUUGAAGAGCUGAGCUGAGUUGGGCUAAUUUGAGUUAGAUUGAGUUAUGUUGAGUUAAAUUGAGUUGAGAUAAGUUGAACUGGUUGGGUUGAAUUGAGUUAAAUUAGUUAGGUUAAGUUGAGUUAGGCUUAGUUGAGUUGAUUUGAGUUGAGUUUACACAACUCAUACCUCUUCACUUCAGAAAACCUGAACUUGUCCUUUAUGGUGUCUUUUUGCUUGCCAGCAAUUUAUAACCCAGCUUACAGUAAGGCUGGAAGAGGUGUAACACUCAGCCUUAGUAAGAUUACAAAUUUGCCUUUGACACAUAAAAAGGUCAGAAACCUUUGUAUAUUUUUUGUCAAAUUACAGUUUUUACUACCAAAGUGAUGACUCACUGAACAAAAACUCACAAAAAGCUGAAAUCUCUUUGUAAUACACUUGAGAGCUUUGGAUAUGUUUUUUUAGUAAAUGAUUCAUUUUUCUUCAGAUGUGCUGCAGCCAGUUUUUCAAUACCUUCAAGGUCUGAAUGAACAAAAAAAUAUGUUACAAAACUGAUUCUACACAUUUUUUUUUGCUACUGGGUUGGAAAUCAACUAAGGUCACCACAUGCACACAUCUGCCAAAGAGCUGAACAGUUUUUGUCUGUUUUUCAAAGCCCUUCUUUGGGAUGAAAAAUUGUGUAGUUGCUUGGAAAAAAAAAAUCCCAUUUCUAAAAGAACAUGUUAUUCAGAGCAUCUCGGGACUCUGCAACAUUGGAGUUGUUAUUUUGCCAGUUUUUUGUCCCUUUGUCUGCUUAUACUUCAUGGUUUUUAAAACUCUGAGUUCAGUCCACUGCAAGUAAUAAAUCAGUUAUAAUGAUAUAUAUGUGUGAUAAUUCGCAUGGCUUAAGGAAUCAGAGGUUUAAUAGUUUGCUGAAUAGCAAUUCAAGUCUGUUCGUGCCUCACAUUUGCCUGGACUGGAGUGUCUUGACAUAAAAUAGUGGAUUGCAAUGAAUUUUUUUAUGAAUGAUAAUGACAAGGACACAAGGUUCUCAAUAUUUGAGGGUCCUCUGAGUUUUCCUGAUGUGUAAGCUUAUUUAUUUUAUUUUUUUUUUAAAGUAAAAUGUCAGGCAAGGGGAUUGAUUGCCAUGACAUUUAAUACAAACAUUAAUUUUCCCUUCAUGGUGAAUUUUAAUGACUUUGACGAUGCUGUGAUCAUCUUUUUUAUUACCAGAAAACUCAUUAUUAUUCCCAACAGCCUCUGCUGUACUGGGGGAUACUUUGCAAAUGUGAACAUGCUAAACUAAAACACAAAACAUGGUGAGCAUGAAUUUAGUUGUUAAAUGCCAUUGGUGUUGUUUUGUGAUUUGCUGUUUAAGAUACUUUAAUAAAAAAAAAUAUGUUACAAAACUGAUUCUACACAUUUUUUUUGCUACUGGGUUGGAAAUCAACUAAGGUCACCACAUGCACACAUCUGCCAAAGAGCUGAACAGAUGUUGUUUGGGGCUUUGUACGCCUACAUUCAGAGGAUAGGAUGGUGGGUUGUGUAGGAAACUGUCGAGAGAGUGAGGGAUGAUGCGGGGCUGAACCACAGAUCUGAGGGACUGUAAAGAUUCUUGUUGAGAGUGAACACAUUUGUAUUAAAAGAAAACAGGUUGGGAUAUUUUUUAUGAGACUGAACAGACAGAAUCAAGACCAGCAAAGAAGUAAGACAUGCUUUCAUCCACCAGGGGCUUUCCUUAUGCAAAUUCUGCAACCAAUAAAAAGAUUGUCAUGAAAAAUACAGCAAGUAAGUGUAGCGGCGGAAGAAUAGUUCAUGGUUAUGAAUACAGUUAACAUGAUUGAAAUGUGUUAAAAAAGAUAAAUAAGUUGACAGUAUAAAAAUAUAGGAUUUAAUGAUACAUAAUUUCAUUUAUAAGUUCAUAUUGUGGUCAAAAUGUUGAAAAUAUGCUAAAAUUCAUCUUUCAUGUGAUUUGGUAAAUGUUUUUAUAACAGGGCUGCUUCCCCUUUAAGACCGCACGUGCGUCUGUUUUGGUGGACACAGAGAUGAUUCAGUCGGUGCUUGGAGCUGGAGAAGCACACGGUUUUCUUACCUGCUACAGCUACUGCUACUGCUACUGUUAAAGUUACACCAAGUGUAUUAGUGUUAGUCAGCUCCAGUCUUCAUAAUUUUGUGGAUCCUUGGAUACAAGAAAUAAACCAGAAGAUUUUUUAUAUUUUUUCUUUACCACAAAAACGUUUCCAGAGUGGAUUUUGUUGACCUGUGUAGCUGGACUAGCGGCAGACACUGCCUGUGGAAGUAACUAAGUGCCAAGCUGAGUAAGCCAUUGCAAGUUACCAAGCACUAAUUCAAACCUCUACAUUAGUAAGAAAACCUGCUGGACAUUGGACAAGGAGCCUGUGGAGAGGUUUGUGGAAAGUGGAGCACAUUCAAGAUUCAAAGAUGGACCUGAAAGAAUAUCCUCAGUUAGCCUACGGAGGCAACAAGUGACUCGUGAGUAAUAAGCUAACAUCUUAGCUAGCAAGUGGAGAGAAGCUAUCUCACUGAGGCUCGCUUGCUGUUUGCAUUGACUGUUGGUUAGCAAAUGGGAUCUGUGUAAUUACUGGAACAACCAACUGCAAAGUAAGCAUGGCAGGAGCAGAAACAGAGGAGACAGUAGAACUAACAGAGGAAGAGGAAAAUGAAAAAGUAAAGAGAGUUGUAAAACCAACACUUAAAGCAUUGGAGCAUAAUCUGCAAACAAAAAUAGCCUCAAGAAGAGCUAUACUGGGCCAACUUACUGGGAAAAGGAACGAGUUGCAUGCUUUAAUGGAUGAUGAUGCCAAUGUGCAAACUAUCGGAAAAGAAAAGUUAACCAACUAUAAUGGACUGAUGAAAGAAUUCAGUGAAAUAAACGAGCAUGUUAAAGACCUAUUCUGCCAGAUAGGAUGUGAAGAGAACAUGAAAGCAGACCAAAGGGGUUGGUUUGAGCCAAGAAAUAGUGAGCACAUUAACUUCAUACAAGAAGUGAAUUCAUGGAUAGAGGCAGCUAAACAACGCCAAGAAGAAGCUAAAAAGGUUAGUGAUGAGAUUCGACCUGAAGACAGUGUGUCAGUCACAUCCAAGAAAUCUAAAAAAUCCAAGUCUGUCAGUGCUGCUUCAGCUAUAUCGUCAGUUCGUUCUGAACGCUUAAAGGUGGAGCUAGGAAGAGCUGCUCUGUUAGCCAAGUCAGCUACAUUGAGAAAAAAACAGGCUUUGGAAAAACAUGAGCUUUCGCUACAGCUACAGCUAAAGGCAGAAAAAGAAGAGUUAGAGCUACAAGCUGGGCUCGCUGUAGCUGAUGCGCAAUUGGCUGUGCUACAGAAAUAUGAAGGCUCAGAAGUGUCUGUCAGAUCAAAAGGAAGCAAGGUGGAUGCACUAACGUCUGCUCCAGUGAACCAAGACGUCAAUAGGAGUGUUGCAGCAGACAGUGGUGGUCAACAUAUCCACACAAUAAGAGGAAAUUCAUAUGACAGUGUGAUACAAGCCCCUGUUUAUGCAAUGGACAAUUCUGUGAGCGCAGAUAAACUGGUUACUGUCAUGCAACGCCAAAACGACAUCACAGAAAGCCUAAUAAAGCAACAGAAGCUCUCUACAUUGCCACCUCAGAACAUCCCAGUUUUCAAAGGUGAUCCAAUAGAAUACCGCCUCUUCAUGAGAGCGUUCGAACACAGCGUGGAGAGUAAGACAGAAAAUAGCAAAGAUCGUCUUUACUAUUUAGAGCAACACACUACUGGACAGCCUAAUGACUUAGUGCGCAGUUGCUUUCACAUGCACCCAGAACAGGGCUAUCCUGAAGCCAAGAGACUUCUGAAAGAACGCUUUGGAGAUAAAUACAAGAUAUCCAUGGCUUACCUGGACAAGGCGUUAAACUGGCCUGUCAUAAAAACAGAAGACAGCAAAGCACUUGAGUCAUAUGCCCUCUUUCUCACAAGUUGCAGCAACGCAAUGUCUGACCUCGAGUACUUAGAUGAGAUGGAAAAUGCUGCUAAUAUGCGCACCAUUAUCUCUAAGCUCCCCUACAGGAUGAGAGAGAGAUUUAGGAGUGUCGCCAUAGACAUUCAGAAAAGGCAGGAUCGCCGGACUAAGUUUAAAGACGUGGUAUCGUUCAUCAACACGCAGGCAGAAAUGGCAUCACACCCUGUGUUUGGUGAAAUCCCAGGACAAACAAAACGUCAGACAGACACCAAGACAGAAAGGUCAGAUGGAAAGAAACGCAUCACAACUCUGGCAACAGAAGUAAAAGAACAGAAAGCCGAGAAACGUGUCAUAGAUGGAAACAAGAAAACUCAGGAAAAAAGAACAAAUGUAGAUAAAGCUUUUAAUAAACCCUGUAUCUUCUGUCAGGGAGACCAUACCAUGGAACAAUGCAAAAAACUUCAAAAAAUGUUGCAUAAAGAAAAGUUGGAGUUUCUAAAGGGCAAAGGACUUUGCUUCAGUUGUCUGGCAGCAGGUCACAUGAGUAAGGCCUGUGAAGAAAAGAAGAGCUGUCAGAUAUGUUCAGCCACACACCCCACACUCCUACACAUAAAACAGAAACCCAAAGACUCAUCAAAGGAAGAGGCUUCAAGGGAGGAGCCUGAGAACGAGUCUCCAAAGGUGGUCAGCGGAUUUGUGGAUGCAGGGGACACAAACUCUCAGACUGGGGCCGGGGGUACUGAUAGCAUCCUCGCCAUCGUUCCUGUGAGAGUAAAGGCAAAGAAGGGGAGCAAGGAGCUGACUUGUUAUGCGUUUCUGGAUCCAGGAAGUAACGCUUCCUUCUGCACUAACAAGCUAGCGAACGACCUUCACCUGCAAGGAAAAAAUGUGAACAUCCUACUCACCACCAUGGGAGAACAAAAGGCAGUUUCUUGCAAAGCUGUACCAGACCUCGAAGUUAGCAGCCUCGAAGGUGACGACUUCAUUGAGCUGAUUGAGGUUUUCACACAAAAGAUUAUCCCUGUGAGUCAAGAGAACAUUCCGACUCAAGAAGACGUGGAUAAAUGGCCACAUCUGCAAGGUGUACGAAUCCCUUCUAUCAACGCAGACAUCAGUCUUCUCAUCGGAACGGACGUAGCAAAAGCCUUGGAACCAGAAGAAGUAAUCCGCAGUGUCAAAGACGGGCCGUAUGCAGUACGCACAGCCCUGGGAUGGACUGUAAACGGACCACUGCGUGAAAACAUCAAAAAUCGAACAAAACAUGGAUACCCAGAGAUCAAAAUGAAUCGCAUUUCAGUUGCUCGUCUGGAAGAAUUGUGGACUCAGCAAUUCAAGUGUGAUUUUCCUGAGAAAGCUCAAGGAGAGCAGUUGGAAAUGUCCAAGGAAGAUCAGCUGUUCAUGGACAGAGUCACUGAAUCAGCCAAGUUGGUCAACGGCCAUUACUCCAUCAGUUUGCCGUUGAAAAACAAAGAUGUAAAAAUGCCCAAGAACAGAGCAGUGGCAGAGCAAAGAGCGCUCAACAUAAAGAAGAAGCUUCAGAAAAGCCAGACGUUCAAAGAGGACUACGUCGGCUUCAUGAACGACAUGAUCAGCAAGGGCUACGCUGUAAAAGUACCAGAGAAAGACUUACACCGGCGUGAUGGAAAGGUGUGGUUUAUCCCGCACCACGGUGUUUACCACCCUAAGAAGCACAAAAUACGAGUGGUAUUUGAUUGUGGCGCUUCUUACCAAGGAACCACACUCAACGAACAACUACUACAAGGGCCUGACUUGACAAGUAGUCUUAUUGGUGUUUUAACAAGGUUCCGUCAAGAGCAAGUCGCUGUAAUGGCGGACGUGGAAUCAAUGUUCCACCAAGUGAGGGUCCCUCCAGAAGACGCCGACCUUCUCAGGUUCCUGUGGUGGCCGGACGGCGACGUCUCACAAGAGCUGCAAGAAUACAGGAUGGAGGUCCACUUGUUUGGCGCCACCUCCUCACCAAGCUGCGCGAGUUAUGCUUUGAGAAGAUGUGCCGAGGAUAACAGGAGCAGUUUCGAUGAAGCAGUUGUGGAUACAGUGUUAUGUAACUUCUAUGUCGACGACUGCCUGAGGUCAGUUGCCUCUGAACAAGAAGCAGUCAAGCUUUACAAAGACCUGAAAGCCAUUUGUCUAACAGGUGGAUUCAAACUAACGAAAUGGAUGACCAACAACACAGACGUGUUGUCAAGCAUUCCACAAGAGGACCGAGCAACAGAGGUCAAAGAUCUCGACCUCGACCAGGAUUCGCUCAUCGAGAAGGCUUUAGGAGUACAGUGGUGUAUCCGGUCGGAUAAGUUCAAGUUCCACGUGAACAUUCAGCAGAAGCCUCUCACCAGAAGGGGAAUCUUGUCAAUGAUGAGCUCAGUCUACGACCCACUUGGGAUGUUGUCUCCAGUCAUACUGUCUGCCAAAAAUAUCCUGCAGGAACUGUGCAGACUGAGAACAGGAUGGGACGAUGCUGUGCCAGAUCAUCUCGCACAACAAUGGUCAAAGUGGAUGGAAGAGCUUCAGCAGCUCACCAACGUUGGAGUGGACCGGUGCUUCAAGCCACCUGAGUUUGGAGAAACAGUGGAGGCUCGACUGCAUCACUUCAGUGACGCGAGCGAAACAGGCUAUGGUACGGUCACUUACCUCGUGCAAAAGAACAGCAGCAACCAAAUACACUGCUCAUUCGUCUUGGGAAAAGCAAGGGUCGCUCCUCUCCAGCCCACAACAAUCCCACGGCUGGAGCUUACGGCAGCUACCUUAGCUGUGAAGGUGGACACCUUGCUGAAGAAGGAGCUGCAGCUGCCGCUGUCAGAUUCCAGGUUCUGGACGGACAGUACCGCCGUACUCAAAUACAUAGCAAACAAGAGCAUCAGGUUUAAGACAUUUGUGGCGAACAGGGUCGCUACAAUCGUACAAGCAUCAAGAGUGGAGCAAUGGAGCUACAUCAGCUCACGAUUAAAUCCAGCCGAUUAUGCUUCUAGGGGACAAAAGGCAAAUGUCUUCACACAGAACGAAGUAUGGAUCUCAGGGCCUGCCUUCCUCAGCAAACCAGAAAAAGAAUGGCCAGACAAGACUGAGCAGUUAGAGGAGCUUUCAGUGACAGAUCCUGAGGUCAAGAAAAGCAUACUCGUUAAUGCUACUACAGUAGAAGAAACCACUGAUGCAAUGCAACAAAUAACAGAAUACUUCUCUUCCUGGAUACGGCUAAAGAAGGCAGUGGCGUGGUUCAUUCGAAUCAAAGGAGCCCUGGUAAACCUGUCAAAGAAGAGGAAAGAAAUGAAUGAACGACACAAGGACCAAGAACAAGUGAACAAAGAAAUGACACGCUACAAGAGGAGUCUCAAACAGACUUACCUGACUGUUGACGAUCUGCGACAAGCUGAGCUGGAUAUCAUCCGCCAUUGUCAACAAAAGAAGUUCCAAGAGGAAAUCGCUGCUCUGCAGAGAAAAGAGCCUGUCAAGAAGAGUAGCCGAAUCUUCAGACUGAAUCCGCAACUUCAAGAGGGAAUCCUUCGUGUUGGAGGGAGGCUCAGUCGAGCAUCUAUGCCAGCCGAAGCCAAGCAUCCGAUGCUUCUGCCUAAAGACCAUCGAGUGGCUGAUCUGAUUUUCCAGGAUGCGCAUGAGCGGCUAGGACACAGUGGACGCAAUCAUGUCUUGUCUUAUGUGCGCCAAAGAUACUGGAUUAUCGACGCCCCCUCAACAAUCAGGAAAAUGCUGUCUCGCUGCACUACCUGUCGAAGACAACAUGGUGCAUCAGGCACACAAAUUAUGGCGGACUUACCAAGAAACAGAGUUGUUCCGGACGAACCACCUUUUACCAGAAGUGGAGUGGAUCUGUUUGGACCAUUCAGCGUAAAACGAGGAAGAUCAUUGGUAAAGAGGUAUGGGGUCAUAUUUACCUGUCUCGCAAGCCGUGCAGUCCACAUUGAAAUGGCUACGUCGCUGGAAACAGACUCCUUUAUUCACGCUCUGCGUCGCUUCAUCGCAAGGAGGGGUCAAGUGAAGGAAAUGCGAUCUGAUAACGGGACUAACUUCGUUGGAGCUGACCGCGAGCUCAGAAAAGCCAUAAAGGAGUGGAAUACCUCACAGAUUGAGAACAGCUUGCUCCAACGUGACAUCAAAUGGAUAUUUAAUCCUCCAUCCGGAUCACACCACGGAGGGGUGUGGGAGAGGAUCAUCCGUUCCAUCAGAAAGAUCAUGGUCGCCACCCUGAGAGAGCAAAACUUGGACGAAGAAGCUCUCCGAACGUUCUUCUGUGAAUGUGAGGCCAUUCUAAACAGUAGGCCUAUCACUUUGCCUUCGAAUGAUAUAAACGAUCUGGAAGCUCUCACCCCUCAGCACUUGCUGCUGCUAAAGACUCAACCCAACUUACCACCGGGACUCUUCCAAAAAGAUGACAACUACGUGCGUAGAAGAUGGAGGCAAGUCCAGUACAUGAGUGAUCUAUUCUGGAAGCGCUGGACUAGGGAGUACCUGCCUCUACUCCAGAAAAGACAGAAAUGGAACCAUCCAUCACGGAACUUCAUCCCGGGAGAUGUAGUCUUGAUCGUUGAUGAGUCAGCACCUAGGGGAUCAUGGCUGCUGGGAAGGAUCGUCAAGACUAUGGAGGAUGAGCACGGAAUGGUCCGCAAGGUUCGAGUCAAGACAAAAACUAAUGAGCUUGAGAGACCAAUAACUAAGCUCUGCUUACUUCAAGAAGCAGUAUGAGAAGGACUGUUACUCACCUGAUUGAGACUGUUAAUUGCCUGAGUGUUACUCAGAAGAAAGACAUUAUACAAAACAAAAGAAAAGGGACAUUGUUCUUAUAAGUUGUAAUUGUUUCUGCCCUAGAAAGCAAUUAGGGGCCGGGUAUGUAGAGGCGGAAGAAUAGUUCAUGGUUAUGAAUACAGUUAACAUGAUUGAAAUGUGUUAAAAAAGAUAAAUAAGUUGACAGUAUAAAAAUAUAGGAUUUAAUGAUACAUAAUUUCAUUUAUAAGUUCAUAUUGUGGUCAAAAUGUUGAAAAUAUGCUAAAAUUCAUCUUUCAUGUGAUUUGGUAAAUGUUUUUAUAACAGGGCUGCUUCCCCUUUAAGACCGCACGUGCGUCUGUUUUGGUGGACACAGAGAUGAUUCAGUCGGUGCUUGGAGCUGGAGAAGCACACGGUUUUCUUACCUGCUACAGCUACUGCUACUGCUACUGUUAAAGUUACACCAAGUGUAUUAGUGUUAGUCAGCUCCAGUCUUCAUAAUUUUGUGGAUCCUUGGAUACAAGAAAUAAACCAGAAGAUUUUUUAUAUUUUUUCUUUACCACAAAAACGUUUCCAGAGUGGAUUUUGUUGACCUGUGUAGCUGGACUAGCGGCAGACACUGCCUGUGGAAGUAACUAAGUGCCAAGCUGAGUAAGCCAUUGCAAGUUACCAAGCACUAAUUCAAACCUCUACAGUAAGAAUAAAUUCAACUCUUUAUUUCAGCAACCUUUAUUGUCAAGAAUUUUUCUUUUAUUACCGAGGGGAAUUUUAUUUUAGUUGGCAAUGGUUGCAGAGCUGGCUGUCCAUAGAGCUGUGAAACAUCAUAAUCCAGUGCCACAUACUACAUCACUAUUAUAUCAGUGUUUUACCCUUUCUUGGUGUCUCUGAAACCACACACAAACUAUGAACUCUGCUCUGCCUAAGUUUACUUACAGCUGCUGUCAUUUUCCAUUUUGGAAACAGUCACUGGAACUAACGAUGCAUUACGAUGUGAAAGCAGAGACAAAUUAAGGUGUGAAAGCGAUGUUUUGUGAUAUGUAAACAGUACAAAAUGUUACUGUAUCCCACAGCACUGGAACGAUACUUACCUACAGUGGAAUCCUGAAGACUAUCCAGGUGUGAGCAAUGUGAGGUUUCCGGACCAUAUCAUUUGGAAGCCAGACAUCCUGCUUUAUAACAGGUAGGUAUUGUAAGGACAGAUCUGCUGCACUGUAAUUGGAUAUGCAUGGUGUCACACUCAGCAUUCAUUCAGUGUCCUCUGCACUGUGUAACAGGGGGCUGUCGGAGGGAUGAAGCACUUUUGGAUUUUUGCUCCAGAGUAAAGAAAACAAAGGCUGUAGAAAGGGCUGUGACUUUUCAGAGAUUCAACAGCAACAGUGAGAUAGAGACAUGCAGGAUGGAGUCUGCGCAGGAUUUCUCAUAGAGGCUCAUCUGCUUAUAAACAGUUUGUCCACAGCAAGCUCAAACAGUUGCUUUGAACAAGUCUGCCAAGACAAAUGCAAUCAAAUUUUGGCGUGUAAAAUAGCAAGGGCUUGAGAUGAUUCAGAAAAAUAUUCUUCUAUGUGUGCUUCAAGUUUACAGGUUAUUCUUGGUUUGCUGGGAAAGAUGUGCUUAUAAUUUUGGUCCAAUCAGCAUGAAAGUAGCAUCAAAAAAGCAGUACAUUUCACAAGCUAAUUUCUGAUGUCCUACCUUCAGAUGGGCAAAUUCGACAUAAAGUUAGACACUAUUAUAAGAGUUUGACGCAUACACACAGAAACAGUUGUUUCUUUUAAUAUUAACCUUAAGAUAAGAUACUGUAUUUCAGAUGGCUUCAUGUUAUGCUGGAAAAAUCAGGUCUCUGCUUUUAUAAGAGGUAUACAAAGUGUCAAACCACUUAUUUUCUUCAGAAUAUCAAUCAGAGGCACAUACCAGAAAGAAAUAAAAGAGCGAGAAACCCUGCAGUUAAAAAAAACAAGCAUAAACUUCAUACAUUUGUAACGGCCAAACGGCCUGAAUAUCUCUCUUUUCAUUAAAAACGUGUGCUGCAUUACUUUUGCCUUAUCAAAAGAAACAUUCAUCAAGGAUUUUAAAUCAUAAGACGUGGCUCUUUCUAAAUUAAUAACCUAGUUUUCAGGCCUGAACUUUAGAAUUCAAGGUUAGUGAUGCCCUGCAGUGUAAGCAUACGCACUACAGUCUACAGGAGAACUUUGCAGCAAUAAAUCAUUCAGACAAAUGAAUAAAAUUAUGUAAAAACAUUGGAGAAGAAGCGCUUUACUAUAAAUCCCUAAUGGAAGAUGCUUUGGGGAUAACCAUUAAUCAAUCUUUAAAAGAAAGAUCUGAACAAAUCACAUUAGGUGCACUCUGCUCUCCCAACAGCUAAUGAAGAGAAAGGCAUUGUGCUCCAUUUGUCAUUGUCCCUCUGAGUAAAAUUUUAAUGUAAAACUCUCUGAACUAGACGCUGCUGCAAGUUUUUUCAAGGCAACUCUUUAAACUUUAGCUCAACCAUGCAGCAGUCUCUAGAGAGUUCAUUUAGAGGAAGUGCAUCAUGGGUAAAUGGAGACUGAGGGUAACCACUGAAUACCUAUCUCCUGGGAGAAGUUGCAUCAGUUGUGACUCCACUAUGUGUACCUGCUGCAGCAGUAAUGAGAUGGAGAAAUAUUUGUGUUAUCCCACCACAUCUGCUCCUCUGCUUUGUGUUUCAUCCAGAUUUAUGUUGCAGCCUUAUAUUUCACAGGAGUUCUCGCAAAGGUUGUCUCAGUGUGUGAAUUUUUAAGUUUUUUUCAUGAAUAACUUUGCUGUAAAUACUGAUGAAGCUGAGUUUUUUUUUUUUUUCAACAGUGCAGAUGAGAGAUUCGAUGCUACUUUCCGCACCAACAUUUUGGUCGACCAUUCAGGCACCUGCGCCUACAUACCACCAGGUAAGAGUCAUCAGCUCAGUAAGUCUUGACACACCAGAGUCAGACAAAGCCACAUGUACAUGGCAUGAAUCAUGAUUGAAUGUCUCAUUAAGCCCUGCUCACCUUUGAAACCUGGAAAAACUCGCCCCCAAAUCACAUUCAACCUCGAAAGACGUGCUUUGUUAGACCUGGUCUUAACCUAGGAUAUGUUUCAGAUCCAUCUUUUAAAACUAACUGGAAGUCUGCUAUACCAAACAGAGUAAUUCUAGACACAUAGAGGGUUCCCACAAGGAUAAACUUAAGAUCAGUGUGACGCCCUGCAAUUUCAUACAGAGCCAGGAUUCAUCAAUUACACUGAGUCCCAAGUUACGAUAACAGUCUUUUCAGCAAACAUUUAUAUCUGCAAUCCCUGCAUUUUUGUCGAAGUGCCAACAGACCCAAAGAAGAAAAAAGCCUGAAUAAUGCCCUAGCUUGCAAGGGUCUCUUGAGUUUUCAUGUGAAGCUAAGCUGACCUGCUGAUUACUGCCAUAUCAUCAUGUUAGACUUGUACUGGGUUGUAUUUAUGGUCUAAUCAAGCUCCGAGAAAGAAAACGAAAAUGUGCAUAUCUUUAAAAUGUAGAAAUUAUUUAUACAAUGUCAGAAAUCUUAUGUGAUUAAAAGUCAUAAGCAUGCAGAUCCAUCACUGUGACACCAGUGGAAUUAGGAAGUCCUGCACUUUCCUGAUCAAACCCUGACCAACCCACUGCCGGCUGUCUGGGUGGUCUGAAAAGAUCUAUGACACUUAGUGUAAAACUAUCAGUCCAUUUGUACGCACACAUACACACACACACACGCACAGCGAGGCUGGGGCUCCCUGUCACAGCUGGUGAUUACUGCUCUCUGUCUCUCUCUCUCUUUCUCUUUCUGGCAGGCUCUCCUUUCCUCUUCCCCCCCACAUCAUGCUAAAGCAGUGGCUCUGGCUUCCUAAUCAAUACUGGUGUGAAUAGCUCCAUCAUUGGAUUUCUUCUGGAUUGAUUGUCUCUGUCACAAAGAAAUUGCUUCUCAACUUUGUUCCAAAUGUAGCCUUGAUUAAAGCCAUGUUGGCUCAGAGCAGUCAUUCUACCCCUUAGACAAGCAUUAAAUAAGGAAAACUGUACUAUGCACAUAUGUUAAAAGUUGUCUGUUUGAAAUCACCCACAUUGUUCUGAGAGCUUGUCUUUGGAACUUUGGGUCGGAGCAGUAAAUAAGAGUCAGGCUGUUUGUCUGCUCCCAUCUCUCUUUAUUCCCUGCUGACAUUUAUCAUCUUCAUGGCUGAGAGAGGCAGAGAGAGAGAGAGGACAGACCUUGUUUAUUGCCGAUGUCUCAUAUCUUUCUUAAAUAUGGAUGGAAAUUAGUUUGGUCGCUGCCUCUCUGAAGGAUUACUGCCCACUUUCAUCUCAUUGUCAUAUUGGAUUUUUUACUCUCCUCACGAUGGAUGGCACUUGGACUCCAUAUCUUUUCAGAGAAAAACUUCUCUUUGGGGCCUCUUGAGCUGUCGGGUGCUGUCAUUUUUCUUACUGAGCCUCGCCCUGCUUCCUUUAUUCUAUUAUAAUUGAAUAUACUCUCUAUUGGAGCCCAAAAUAUCACCCCAUCCAUUUUCGUCUCUCUCCUGUGACCUUCUAUAGCUGAGAUACAGCAAGUCUCUCAGUACCCUGUCUUGUUUUUUUCAUGUGUUCAGGGAUCUUCAAAAGCACCUGCUCCAUAGAUGUGCGCUGGUUCCCCUUUGAUGUGCAGAGAUGCGACCUGAAGUUUGGCUCAUGGACAUACGGGGGCUGGUCUCUGGACUUGAAGAUGCUGGAGGCUGAUAUUACCAACUACGUUUCAAACGGAGAGUGGGAUCUUGUCGGUAAGAGGGACUGGUUGAUUAAGUUUUAAAUCAACAACAGCUAGUUACAAAUUUGUCAUCUGAUUGGACAGUCAUUGGGCAUUUCAUGAAUGCAGCAACACUGCGUCUUCUCACUUGUUCAUUACAAAGCUAUCCAAUUACAGACUCUGGAGGACAAAUUGUGGUCAUCUCAAUGUGCAGAAGUAAGCCGAGCAAAUUCAUUAUCACAGUCUGUACAGAAGUAAUAAGAGAAAGGAGAUUGAGAUGGUGGAGAAAAGGCAGGAAGAGUUAAGAGAGGCAAAAACUUCAACAGAGAAAUUAAAGUUAUUUUCUUGUGUUUACUUAAGAAAAGUUUACUUUUCUUGUGUCCUUUUCAUUUUUUUAGAUUUCUGUUUCGUAGUUGCGACAGUUUUGUGUAAACAAACUAACAUUAGAUAGACUUGAAUUAUUUAUUUUAAAAGACUUAUUUUGGGGCUGUUUUGCCUUUAUUAGGAGAGGACAGAACUGUGGCUAGAUUAGGAAACAGGGAGAGAGCAAACCAGGCCAACCUCCAUUUAUGGGGCGCAUGCAUAGACUACUACACCAACAGGGCCCCGCAUAUCAGACUUCUGCCUGUGUGUUGGUAUGAUCGCAGUUGAUCUCUGAUUUAGUGAUGGUGUGAUUGUCAUAGCUCUGGUUUGCUAUCAUCUCAAUAGAUUGUUUUAGUCCAGAGUUGAUCAUUUGUCAAGUUAAGUCAAGUAAGUAAGUCGUUAAGUUGUACUAACCAGUUAAAUCAAGUGCAUACACAGUGAUAUUACAAUUAAAGAAUAAUGGGAGGUGAGAGGGUGAUUAUGCAAAUUAGAAUCUAAAUAGGCUCUCACCCUCUACAUUAUCUCAAAUAUUACCCACCUACCUCUUGAGAAAGUUAACUUGUAUUUUAACUUAACUUUGUCCUACAGAGGUUCCAGGACAGAAGAACAAACGUGUGUACGAGUGUUGUGAGGAGCCGUACUUUGACAUCACUUUUACCCUGGUGAUGCGGAGGCGAACCCUCUAUUACGGACUGAACCUGCUUAUCCCCUGUGUCCUGAUCUCCACCCUGGCUCUCCUUGUCUUCCUCCUGCCUGCUGACUCUGGGGAAAAGAUUUCACUGGGUUAAGCUCGCACACACACACACACACACACACACACACACACACACACACACACACACACACACACACACACACACACACACACACACACACACACACAUAAUUUUGCUCAUUUUAGACAGGACAGUAUGUUCAUGUUUCUGGAUUUAAAUGGAUAACAUUGAACAAUCAUUAAAACGCUCAAUUUUUGUAGCUGCCCGUUCAGUGUUGUUGGUAUUAGUGUUCAGCUGAACCACUUUAUUUGUCAAUGUGUGCCGUCCUGGCUGAGAAGCUGACUUUGUCUGCUUAUGAGGCAAAUAAGCAGUGCGUAAAUGUUCCAGAGUACACUGUGUUCAGCUGCAGCCUCCGUUCUCCAGCUCUCAGCUCAUCUCAGAGAAUAUCAGAGGCAGAUGAAACACUCAGAAAUGUAUCCUUGACCACAAGAACCUCGACAGGCAUAUUUCAGGAGGCAGUCUUACUGUUUGUAGCUUAGUUUUGCAAGUAAAGUCAGACACUUGAGAAAAAGCUGAGAUAGUCUGAAUUUCAUAUUCUUUGUCCACCAAGGACUCUUUUCUUCAGGUGCUGGAAGAAAAACAGAUCAUGCAGCUGCACUGAAAUGUGCUCAAGGGCUACAAAAGUUCAACAACAACAGCAGCUGUUUUUCACACUAACAACUCAACAUAGAAGGUUAAAAAUCAGUUCAAUUCCCCUUCUAAGUGAUUUGGUUUUUAUUUCCAGUGAUAUGAAUGUCCUUGUUGUCAUUUCAUGAUUCUUUUGCUACUUUUGGAGUUUUUUCCUUAUUUAUUGUUGACUGACCAAACGACAGCAAAAACCUCUUUCAAGCUUUUAUCGUAUCUCUGGUUUCUCUCUGUUUACACGUAUAGAGCAGGUUGAAAAAAAAUCCCCAGUAAGUUUGUAUAUUCCAAGGUCCUGUGAGAAAUGCCUCUGCUAUACAACAUGUUUUAUUUAUGGCGAGGAGGAAAUCAGUCUGCGGCUCUGCUGGGGUGUUAUUGAAGCCCAGGUUGUUUUGAUGGCUUCUUCAGCUCAUCUGUAUUGUUGGCUCUGGUGUCGCUCAUGACGAUACCUCAGAGAUUCUCUAUGGGGUUCAGAUCAGGCCAGCUGGCUGGACAAUCAAGCACAGUAAUACCAUGGUUAGCAAACCAGUUUUUGGUAGUUUUGGCACUGUGGGCAGGUACCAGGUCCUACUGUAAAGGGAAAUCAGUAUCUCAAUUAAGUCAAUUUUAAUUUCAAUAGGCUUUAUUGGCAUAACUGUUUGAACAAUAUUGCAGAGGCAUUACAUAAUAACAUCAAGUCUCUCAGCAGAUGGAAGCAUGAAGUGCUCUUAAAUCUCCUGGUAGAUUUUAGGCUGUGCUGUCUUGGACUUGAUAUAACACAGUAGACCAAAACCAGCAGAUUACAUACUGUAGCACCCCAAGUCAUCACAGACUGUGGGAACUUCACGCUGGACCUCAGGCACCUUGGAUUUUGGGCCUGUCAGAUCUUCCUCCAGAUUCUGGGACCUUAACUUCUAAAUGAGAUGCAGAAUUAACUUCUCUGGAAAACAUAACACUGAGAAACUGCUGUUUCUUUGCACCUCUGCAUUGACUUCAGUGUGGGAGGUUAGUUUAUCUCGAGCAGAUGGCCCAUUUUACAUUUAAACUUAAUUGCAUUUGCUUUUUUCCAAGUUUUAUUUUAUUUUUUAUGUACUGAAGAAGAAAUGCUGCUGUUUUCUGUUUGCUACUUGGCUGCUGAGGGGAAAUAGUGUUUUAGCUCAGAAACACCUCUGUAGGCUGGGUCGCGUAGACAGAUUUGUGACCCAUAUUGUGCCCCCAACUUGGCUUGAUCCAAACAAACUGACACAUAAAUCACACAAACAUCUCUCCCUGGUGUGGUCACUGUGUUGGAAUGUGGCCUCCUGUUAUGGCUGUAUUAUCUGGAGGUCUUCAGCUGACUUGAUUUAUUCCUGUGCUUUGCGUAAAACACAGAAGACUGCUCAGCCCCUGUCAAAAGUUAUGUGUUUUGGGACUUGACACAGAGUCUUUUGCACAACUGACCCAUUGAAUAGUUACCAGAUGUGGGCAAUUCUUCUUCUUCAUCAUUACUCUUCGUCAUUGAGGUAACAGAUACUCCCUAAAAACAUGCACUUUAUGUACUGUCUCCAAAACCCACUAUGCAGCCAGCUGAUUAAUUCAUGCUAAAAGUUUUACAGGCUUAUUUUAGCAGCCUUCUGCAAUGUUCGCUUGGCUGUGAUCCAUAGAUAACAAGUGUGUGCAGUUCACAGGCAAUAACACAGUUCACAGGGUAAAGCAGAUAACUAACAAGAUCACAAUCAAAAGAAAUCCUUUAUCGUCCAAGUGGUUUCAACACAAAAGUAAUUUUUUAUUCUUUAGUUUUUCAGCAUAAAUAUAUUUCAUGGCCCAUUAGCCUCCUGGGUAAUGAGUCCUUCUUUAGAAACAAUGGAUUUCAUUAAUCCGCUUCUUCUGUAACCCUGUGAAGCGAUCUGAUAAUCAGCUCUGAGUGUCUGACUUAACUGUCAGUGGACCGAGAAAAUAGUUUCAUCUUAUCUCACUUGUCACAGCCGACUUGAAUGUUUGAGCCCGUUUCAUGCAUAAAUUACACAGACUUGGUGUAGCCAGUAUCUCAAACUGUAGGAGGGUGGAGUAGGUGUGUGUGUGUGUGUGUGUGUGUGUGUGUGUGUGUGUGUGUGUGUGUGUGUGUGUGUGUGUGUGUGUGUGUGGUAUAUCUAUGCAUGUCUGUGGGAGUGGGUGGAGGAAGUCAGGGGCUUUGAUUUAUGCAGUUUGUAUUUUCCUCAAAUCAUUAGAGCCCUGGACUGCAGCUGGAUUCCUUCAUUAAGCGAACUGAGCUCUAGAGCCAGAUGUGUUUCCUCCUCUGUGUGUGUGUGUGUGUGUGUGUGUGUGUGUGUGUGUGUGUGUGUGUGUGUGUGUGUGUGUGUGUGUGUGUGUGUGUGUGUGAGUGAGUGAGUGUGUGUGUGUGUGUGUGUGUGUGUGUGUGUGUACACAGAGAGACCUGCAUUCCGAUUGAUGCUCUGAUAGCUCAUAAACAGCAGAAAUCUGAAAAAAAUAAGUGUUUGUUUUCAGUUUAAUAGGGUGUCAUGUCAGUAUUAAUGCAUCCUAUCACAGACUAUCUUCAACAAAGUUUUAUGGACCAAUCGCGGUUGUAAAUUAUAUUUUCUAUUUAAACUGUGUGUAUGGAUGUGCAGCUUGUAUGUGCUAGCCCUGAAUGCAAGGAUGGCAUUAUUUCAUGAGAACAGACAACAUAUGAGGAGAGAUGUGUUUUUAUUGCUGCAUUCAUUCUCAUUGUCUGUGUUCAGACAAUCAUUUCCUGAAAAUCACCAUCUAUAUAUUAAAAAAACUACUUUUUUAUGUUGUGGCUUGAGCAAGUGCCGUUAUAUCUCAUUUUAUAAUCCUGUCAUCUGUCAUAAUUCAAACCCAGUACCAAAAAUAGUUGGGAUAUUGUGUGAACUGUUUAAAAAAACACAUACUGUAUGAGCAAAUACUGUAAUUCUGCAACUGUUUCAGAGCAAAAAAUUACAAACAAUUUAAGAAUUUCAUCAUCUCUGACUGUGGAAAUCGCUGCACAGGCUGAACCUCCUCCAAAAACCAUAGUUUGUUACUGCACCCUCAAGGCUGUACCUGUUCUGUGCAAAGACACUAAUGACUUCUCUCACUUAAGAUUGAAAACUAUCCUGUUGUCUGACAAAUUAACACUGAGUAUUAUUUGGGGAAAUCAUGAACAUUACAGCCUGUUCUCUAAACAGGAGAGCGUAACCACCCAGCUCGCUCACAGCUUGCUGCUGUGAUAAUAUGAGGAUGCAUAUGUGUCUUUGGCUUGAACUAUGUGAACAUCUGUGAAGACACAUUAGUUUAGAGGUUUUAAAGCAACACAUGCUGCCAUCCAGAUGUCACAUUCUGCAUGUAUUACGACAGCAUGGCUCUGUAGUAGAGGAGUCAUGGCGCUACACUGGCCUUCCUGCAAGUCCUGACAGCUGAAAUCCUGUAUCAUGGGAUGACAUUUGACUUUCAAAAUAUCACAAAUUGGUCUUUUCAGUGGGCAAAUAUUUACGGACCUUUGUUGAAAAAAAUCAAUUGCUUUUUAUUAAAACAUAUUCUUAAGAAAAGGAAAUGGGAUAACUGCACAUUUUUGUUGUAAACCAUUCAGAGGAUGUGGUUUUAUGGCAGAUUUUAACAUGUAAGAAUCAUGGUGACCAGUCCCUUUGUGGCAUUGAUUUUCAUUACACCUCAUAAUCCAAAAAAAAAAAGUGAUAACUGAGUUAUUCUCUCCUUUCCAGGCAUCACAGUCCUUCUCUCUCUGACUGUCUUCAUGCUGCUGGUUGCAGAGAUAAUGCCCGCCACGUCAGACUCGGUGCCUUUGAUAGGUAAGCCAGGCUAAAGUAAAAAGAAGUCAUAUGGGUGACAAAUGCAAUCAGUGAGGGUGUAGACACAGGGGAAAAUCUGCGUUGUCAUUUUUCAUCUUCUUUUUGGGUGAAAAUAAGUUUAAGCUGCUGAGCAAUAGUAGAAACUUUUAUUUAGAGAUCAGAGUCACCAGAUUUGAAGUGAAAUGAGUUGUGAUUCAGAGGCAAGAUGGUGGUAAACUCUCGUGGGCUCUGAGUUUCUCCCUUUCUUGUAUUCCUCUUGUGAUGUUACCUAAAUCAAUUUUACUUCAUGACUAAACUUUCAUCCUCUCCUGAUGUGUCCUCUGUGUCACCUUCAAUCAGCUCAAUACUUUGCCACCACCAUGGUCAUUGUUGGUCUCUCAGUGAUUGCUACAGUUCUGGUCUUACAGUAUCACCACCAUGAUCCUGAUGGAGGCAAGAUGCCGAAGUGGGUGAGUAUGACUUUGUAUGAUCUUUGAUUUAUAUUAUGGUUCCAUGAUCACUUUCUAUGACAACUCCCAGAAACCAUGUACUACAUUAUUCUUAUAAGUUUUUAGUGGUAAUAUUAUAAUCUUCUUACCAAGAUUAAUAUGUAUUUUGUAUUGAUGAGAGAAUGUAUUAACUAAAGAUACAAAGAGAGAAAUAGAUGCAGAAGUCCUCAGAAUAGCCCCAGGGAGCUUUUUGUGGUUUGAAUCUUAUAUAAUUAGAUAUUUCUAAACACACAUGGGUUCUAAUUUUUACCAUUUUUAAAGACAAUAAAAGCUUAUUUACUUCCUUUUUGUCUGAUCUCAUAGACCCGUGUCAUCCUGCUGGACUGGUGCGCCUGGUUCCUGCGGAUGAAGCGCCCUGGUGAAGACCGGGUGCGCUCGGCUUGUCACAAUAAGGCUCCACGGAGCAGCCUGACCAGCAUGGAGCUCAACGCCAGCGCCUCAGCCUCCCAGUCCAACAACGGUAACAUGCUCUAUGUCGGCCUCCGCAGCAUGGAGAGCGUUCCCUACUCCACGGCCACCACCUCCCCUGACUCCGGGGUCCUCUGUGGACGACUUGUCGCUCGAGCAGGUGAGGAGGAGUUGCUUCUCCCCACAGCUCACGCCUCUUCAGUGGGGAGUCUGGAACCAGAGCUGGCCAAGAUCCUGGAUGAGGUGCGCUUUAUUGCCAAACGCUUCCGCAACCAAGAUGAGGAUGAGUCUGUGUGCAACGAAUGGAAGUUCGCAGCGUCUGUCAUUGACAGGCUUUGUCUCAUGGCUUUUUCACUCUUCACUAUCCUUUGCACCCUUGGAAUCCUUAUGUCAGCUCCCAACUUUGUAGAGGCCAUUUCCAAAGACUUUUUCAAUUGAGGAUUUUAUCAGAAAGAAAAUGCCUCAACAAAAUAAAAGCCUCCACACCUCCCUUAAAUUUUAACGCUUCCAGUAAUUUGGGCACAGUUUAGUCUGCAGAGAUGGGCCUCAAAUAUAGCCAAUUUUUUAAUCAAGUCAUGGUGUAUGUAAUACACGAUAAAAGAAUGGGCCUGAUUUACUGUAGAUCUGCGUGUUUAAAAAUGUGUGUAAAUGUCAUAGCAACCACAAUUAAACACAUCAGAUAAUCCACUACUGAACUGCAUGCCUCUCCUCAGCAUGGGCUUCUCUCCUUCCUCUGCAGUCUCUGCUUGAAUAGAGAGACCUCAUCACCACUUGUACAUUAUUUUUGCCCCUCGCUGGGCGUUUAUGGACACUUAUUAGACCAGAUGCAACACUGACCGGCUGUCUGGUGUGGGUGACAGCAGCCUGAGUUCCCCUGUGCCUUAGAGGAAAUAGCUGGCACAGUCUCAUGCGCAACAGAUGAAAAUUUGUCUUAAGAGCUGCAUACUGUUUUUAAUGCAUGCAUCAAAUUGUCUCUGCAGGAUGUGUGGUAAUUUGAGAUGAUUUAAGGAGUGUGGAGGAGGAUGCCCUGCUUUCCUGUCCUCUUUGAUUUUCUUGAUUUUACAUCUUUUGUUCUCCUUGUUGUCAUGUGGAGCCCUAGUAAAUCAGGCCCUAUAGGUGGUAAAAUGACCAGCUAAUGGAAUACUGGAAGAAAACAUCUAUAACAAUCUUAAAUUUAAUCUACAAAGAAUGCAAUUGUGGUUUGUCAUGUGAUGUUACGACUGUACUUUUGUCAGCUAUGAUAAAUCUACUGUAUAUCCCGUAUACAAAACAUAACAGCAGAAGUAUCUUGUAUUGGAAUGAUUUGUUGUAUCACAUAAAUACUCAUUUAUCCAAAAAGUUAUGCGAUGUUGUGAAUCACCCAUUUAUGAAGACAAAUUAUAUUGACUAUAGUCACUAACAUAACCAAACACCUCAAUUUAACAAUGUUCUUAGUUGAUCAUGUUAAUUUUUACCCAUUUACUUUAUUUUAACAUCAUGUGAUAAAGAGGUAACCACUGUGAACUCAUAUUUUUUGAGUCUAUUGAAGUUAAACAUAAGAUGUUCUUUUCCUGUCAUGUAACAUUUGUUUCAUAAAUAAAUAUACUUUUUCUAUUUGAAGUGUGGCAGCAAACUUAAACUGUUUUUCACUGACCCACAUGGACCUCUUUUUUGUGUACAAGUAAAAUUUCAUUGUGCUUCACACAGGGCAUCUGUGCUGAAAUGAAAGGAUAAGCAUUCAGUGAAGAAAUCCAUCUAAUUAUACCGUUACCUGAACCUUUAUGCUCAAGUGGUGAGUUACAUAACCGACCAUAUGGCCCCAAGUGUCCCCAACAACACCCAUGCAUGAG